AUGUCGAAUUUCGAGCCUAAUGCCGUGAUCCGCGGCUUCCAGCUCACUGUGGUGGGAACUGUUCGUGCACUGAGCAACCCCGAGCUUUUUAAAUACGAGCAUUUCCGCCAAGCAGCCCUUGCUAUCGCCAUUGGCAUUGUUAUCCAAUUGGCCAUUCAGAUUCCGAUCAUAAGUGUCAAAUUCUCGAUCUACCUUUUGUCAUGGGUAGUCAACCUCGAGCGCGCGGUCUGGGAUGACAAGCUUCUCAAUGGCUUGGACUUCAUGAACAAGUCUGUUCUUCAGGUGCCAUUCUUGCUCAUGACCCUGAUGCGAUAUGUGACCCCCACACUGGAUGAGAUCUUCAUGCAAUCCAUUCAAUGGGUGGACAUAACGUACAUCCAAAAACAUAAAACGGAAAAUCCUAAUACACUGCGUGCUAUGUAUUAUCCCAAUCUUGUGCAGUACUCUGCCAAAGGAGGUUCGAGUGCUUCUCAGCCGAUCCCUCAAGCCCUCAUGGCAUUCUUCAAUCGCUACGCAAAGAAGAUUGGUAUAGGACUCGGGCUUUACCUACUAUCCAUGGUCAUCAUCAUCGGUCGCUUCGUUAUGCCUGCGGCAAGUUUCUACAGUUUGCGAAACCAUAUCGGCACUCAACCCGCUGCCGUGAUCUUUGCUGCCGGCUUGCUUCUUCCCAAGCAGUACAUCAUCAUGUUCCUUCACACCUACUUUGCUUCCCGAAGUUUGAUGCGAGAACUUCUCGAACCGUACUUCUGGCGCAUCAAGUUCACCCCCGAGCAAAAACGUCGGUGGUUCCGGGACCGAGAAGGUGUCUUGUUCGGCUUCGCUUUCGCUUUCACUGUUGCCUUACGAACCCCAUUCAUCGGCGUGUUGAUGUAUGGCAUUGCCGAAGCCUCCACGGCGUACCUUGUCACCAAGAUCACAGACCCGCCUCCACCUCCUGCUGAAAGUCAAGAUUUCGCCGAGAGUCAGGUUACCUGGAAGAACAAGCAUGAUUUCCUGCGCUUGUCUCUUGGCAACCUUGACAAGUUGAAUGUAGACAUGGACCAGCGUGAGGAUACCAACGUCCCUACAAAGAAGUUUUCUUAA